CUGGGGGGGGGCAGAAGGCCAGGGCCCCCCCAGAAAUCCAGCAUCUGGGGGUGUAUUUUGUCCCACCCCUACCUCCUGGCCCGCACCCCUCGGCUUUGUCUUGACUAAAGCUACGUGCAAACCAAGGGCGGGUUUUCACGGCCAGCCAACUCCAGGGAGCCCCGGCGCUGUCAGGCCUGGGCGGACACGGCCCCGGAGCCAGCGGGGGCAGACGGAGGCCGAGCUCCAUCCGCUGAGGCAGCCGGGGCCCGCGCCCCCCCCAGGCCGCCCCAGGCGCUUUCUCCGUCCGUCGCCGGCCGGCUCGGCGUCCGGGGGGCCCCCUGGCCCCGCAGCAGCAGCGGGAGCGGAGCCAGUCGGGCGGCUGGAGAACCGCGGGCAGCGGCCGCGCUCGGAACCCAAGUGCGGGCUGUGGGGGGGCGCCGCCGCCGCCGCCGCCGCCGCCGCACCCGGGGCCGGGAGAGCGGCCGGGCCUCGCUGCCGGGGCAACGGGAGCGGCCUGUAGGAGGAGACAAGGUGAUGUUGGUUACAUCUGAUGUUAUGAAGUGAUUCCAGCUCAGCCAAUCCAUCAUUUUUGCUGUAUUCCUCCAGUUCCUUCCCCUUCUACCUUCUAUGCCCGCUGUGGCUGAAGCUUCACUUAACACCAAGAUAUUAGUAUUCCACUUCGGUGACCAUCCGGAUUGAAUACUCAGUGCUUUGAAGAGGAGUAGAUGGACUCAGGCCAGAGCUGCAGCACUACUCUUUCAGAUUAUUCUGAGGAUACAUUUGAAUUCUUCAGUGAGGAGGAGGAGGAGGAGGAAGCCUGCAGGCAAUAUGAGAGUGAACCGUUUGAAUCUUAUUAUUCCACAGUGGAGUCGGAGUGGCCUGCUGCUGUGUCAGAUAUAUCUGAAAGCGUAUGGCAGUCAGCAAGCCAGGAUGAUGAAGGUGAUCAGUCUGAGUUGUCAGAGUCUGCAAAUAUAGAAAAAGAGUUGACUGGAAAAUGGAUCAGCCGUCUCAAAAAUAAAGAAGAUAACACUAAGCAAGGCAAAUCUAUCAUCAAAACACAUACAGAAAUUACUGAAGUAUCAGAUGAAGAAUUGGAUGCCCUGCAGUCUUUUUGCACCAUUAAAAUAAGCCAGAUCCAUCAUCAGUUGAACUCUAAGCAGUCAAACAGCAGCAAACAUAAAGAUCUGCAGCAUGGAUUCACUUCAGAGAAGCCUGUGACAGGUGACUUGAAGUGUACUAUUCCUGAUCAGCUAGUGAACAGAAUCCAUCUGAAAAAUAUCAGUGAGACAAUGAAACAGCUGACAGAAACUAAACUACACCAGCCUUCUCAAUGCCAUGAUUGUAAGAAAAAAUGGACAAAACUGGCCAAGAAUACCUUUCUCAGACAAAAGAAGACUUUAGUGGAGAAAGCUUUACUCCAAGAUAAAUUAGAAGAACAGAUUUAUGUCAAAGACUCGCUCACACUUAUAGGAGAAAUACACAAAAACCUCCCCAAGCUUUCAGAGGAUCCAAGGAGCAUAUGGCAAAGACUGAAUGAGAGAGGUCAGAAAGUGUAGGGCCUGGUUGUGAUGAGCAUUAAUGAAAGAAUGUAAGAGCUGGCAAAAAUCUUCUGGUGACACUCAUGUGCCUAAUGCCUCCUAAUGAGAACUGUUUUGUUAGGACAAACUGAUCAGUGGGUAAAUAUCCUUGCAGGUAGAACCAGAUAUUCACAGAGCACAAGAUUCCAACCGACAGUCCUGCUAUGUGUCCUUCCCGAAUGCAAAAGCUGCAAUACAGUGUCAUCCAACCAAAUACAUUUUUCAAAUUAUGGAAGCUGACAUUUUUUUAUUAUUAUUCUGACAAGGAAUAACUAUUGUUUUUCUGGGUUUGCUUAUGGGAUUUCAGAGCAGCUCACUGCUUCUUCCAUCUGUACAAAAAAUAGAUGGUUCUGUUUUUCUGGGUGGGGAGGUGUAAUUAUUGGGCUUCAGCUCAAUCUUUGCCUUCUGCCUCCUGUUAAAUUGAAAGCUAGAGCCCCAGGUGGAGGAGAGAAAGAGACGGUUGCAGAGUAACUGUAAAAGGAAUAAAAUGAAACUGGGCAUUUAUAGAACUGGAAUAAUGAAAAUGUGAACUGAAAUAAAUCAGUAACCCUGAGGAUGCCAAUAGGACAAGAAAUGGCAUUAAAUUAAUCAUAGAACCUGUCUGGGGUGGAUGUUUAGAAAGAGAAGGAAAACAAAAUACAGAAUAAAACUGGAAUAAAAUAUCAAUUAAGAUAA